GAACAGUUGGACCCGGUGACCAAACUCAACAACUCAAACUACACUCCAGAUUCAACGCAACCAAACUGAACCAGGCCACUACGGGCAUCUAUUAACUUGAUUUGAUUCAUUAGCGGGACAAAGAAGCGUGCGUAUUGCGCGGGGGGACCAUGAGAGGCUGCGCGCUGUUCCUGGUGCCAUGUUGCUUAUGGAGUUUGUGUGCCGUCGGAGUGGAGUCCAUCCUGGCGGAGCAGGCCCUGAUGUCCGACCUCUUCGCACCCCUCAAGUACAACCUGAAGGUGCGGCCGGCCCGCCGCGCUGAGGAGCGCGUGGUGGUGCGCGUGGGCAUGAUGCUCACCUCCUUCGUCGGACUGAACAUGAAGAAUGAAGAGAUGAGUACAACUGUGGUGAUGAAUCUGGAGUGGACAGACCACCGGUUGUCGUGGAAACCCAAGGACCACAGCGGUGUGGAUGUGCUGCGCAUCCCCUCGGGGAAGGUGUGGCUGCCCGACAUCGUGCUCUACAACAAUAACGAUGGGGUGUUUGACGUGGCGCUACAGGUGCACGUGCAGGUGUACAGCAGCGGCCGUGUCACCUGGUCCCCCCCGGCCCUCUACUGCAGCUCCUGCGGGGUCAAGGUCACCUACUUCCCCUUCGACUGGCAGAACUGCACCAUGCAGUUCCGCUCCUACACCUACGACUGCACCGAGAUCGACCUGCAGUACGCGCUGGAUGCCAAGGGCAAGGAGAUCCGCGAGAUUGUCCUGGACGAGGGAUUCAGCGAAAGCGGCGAGUGGUACAUCCGCCACAAGGCCAGCAAGAAGAACAUGAACGAGGACAUGUACGAAGACAUGACCUUCUACCUGAUCAUCGAGAGGAAGCCCCUCUACUACAUCUUCAACAUCAUCAUCCCCUGCAUCCUCAUCACCAUCAUCGCCAUCUUUAACUUCUACCUGCCCCCGGAUGCCGGCGAGAAGAUGGGUCUGUCCAUCAACGUGCUGCUCACCAUCACCGUGUUCCUGCUGCUGCUGGCCGACAAGGUCCCCGAGACGUCUCUGGGGGUCCCCAUCAUCGUCAACUACAUCAUGUUCACCAUGAUCCUGGUCACCGCCUCCGUCAUCCUCAGCGUGGUGGUACUCAACCUCCACCACCGCUCGCCCAACACCCACGAGAUGCCCAUGUGGGUGCGCAAGAUCUUCAUCCACCUGCUGCCCCCCUACCUGGGCAUGCUGCGGCCCAAGGUGGAGACCCCGCUGUCCCUGGAGACGCCGGUGCGGCGGGAGGUCAGCGUGAAGACGGUCAGCCGCUCCGCCGACGAGUACUUCAUACGCAAGCCCGCCAACUCCUUCCUCUUCCCCAAGCCCAACAGGUACCAGCCGGAGGGUAUGACCACGGACAUGAGGAAGUACAUCGACGGGCCCAGCAGCUACCUGACACUGCCCGACGAGCUCAAGUCUGCCAUCGAGGCCAUCACCUACAUCGCUGAGGCCCUGCAGGCCGAGAAGGACUACGAAGCUCUGAGGGAGGACUGGCAGUAUGUAGCCAUGGUGGUGGACCGCAUGUUCCUGUGGAUCUUUGUGGUCUUCACCACCGUCGGAACCCUUGGCAUUUUCAUCAACGCCAGCACCAGCCUCACACCCACCGACCCCUUCAAGCCCUGAGCAGGGUGUGUGUGUGUGUGUGUGUGUGUGUGUGUGUGUGUGUGUGUGUGUGUGUGUGUGUGUGUGUGUGUGUGUGUGUGUGUGUGUGUGUGUGUGUGUGUGUGUGUGUGUGUGUGUGUGUGUGUCCGCAUAUGCCAAGAUCUUCUCUAGCAAAGCACCACCACAUUUUGGUGUGUCUUCAUCUAAAAUCUUUUUUGGAGAGUAAUUUCAUGCUUUUGUUUGUUUCCGUUUUUUGCGUUUUUGUAUUCCAAAUUGUAAUUAGAAUUAGUGCCUUUGUGUUAUCUUAAUAUCAUGAUCACUCCCAUAGGUCUUUGUCUGUAAUCGUAUAAUGCAGAUUGAAAAAAAGGAAAGCUUUUAUUGUGAAGCUUGAACGGUGAAGAAGGCAAAGAAAUUAUUUCACAAUAAGGGCGACAGAAAAACAUGUCAACCAUUUCAGCCACCCUUAUUGUGAAAUUAUUUGUUUGUUGUGUUUUCUGGACCCUUGGUGAUACAGUGAAAGUUUGAAAGUGACCUUCGUGGCGCUAUUUGUCUGUGUAAAAAAUGACAGACUGUGGUCAGAUAUCAAGCGGUUGCCCAGAGAGUUUGAAUAAACUUGAAAGCAUACUUGAAAGAUGGAAGUAUUUUAUUUCAUGUUUAAGGAUACUUACACUUUUUCUGAAGGAAACCUAUUUUCACAUGGAUUUCUUACAAAGUUUCUGAACUAAAUGUUCAAUUCAGUUUGAUUUAGUUUGAUGACUAUUGUAUGAACAUUUUGAUUUGUACUGAAUGUACUGACAUACACAUUCAACUACAUUGUUACUGUCGAAGAAUUUCGUCAAAUAUUUGUGUGAAGUGUGAACAUAUAAACAAAUUGAAACCCCCUCAAAAGCAUUCUCCAUAAAUACCAGUAAAGGUAUGUGUGUGUGUGGUCUUUGCGUUUGA